GUCGAAAGCCAAAUGUCAAAGGAACGUUGUCUGUGGUCGAGGCCUGUUCGUCACCCGCUCAGACAUCAUUCAUCUGCGACAAGCUUGAACACGUAUGCAAAGGCACAUACAGUAGACACACACCCUCCUCUGAAUGCAUACCCGACCGUCGCUCACCAUUCUGCCUCACCAGGAAAUGCCUGCUUUCCCCCCGAGCCCAGCUUUUCUGUUCACCGCUCAGUCAGCUGCUUUUUGUCCCUUCGUACACAAUCAUGUGGUCAUGGCACUCCAGGAAACCUCAAGGAAUGACCUACCACCUCUUGCCAGAGGUGCCGUCAACUGCGUCCCUGCGAGGGCCAUCUGAUGAGGAGGAUGAAGGGGACUUGAACAAAGCUCUGGGGGUCCGUCGCUUCCAGCAGAUCCUCAGCCCCACCCCCAGAGUCCAGGACGAGCAGCACCGCACCUACAAUGAGGAAGACUUUGAGUACCACCGCCACUCCUCCCACCACAUCCACCACCCGCUGUCCAAGCUGCCCCCCGGGGGGAGGAGGAGGAGGAAGAAAAAGAAGAGCAGAGCGCACAAGGACAGCCCCGACCUCACCGGGAGCGCUACCAUUGAGGAGGACGAGGACGAGGACGAUGAGGAAGAGGGCGGAGAGAACCACACCCAUCCCGCCGAGGCUGAAGUGGCCAAAAGCGAUGUGCAGUUCUUUCUGUUUGAUGAAGAUCGCUUGGCCACACCCACCACAGACAGCCCCUAUCCAAUCCAGGGGCCAGAGAUUGUUCCCCAGUCAGACAGGAGCCCCGAACCUGAAGAUGCCACCCCCACCGAAAAGCCCGGUCCAGUGUCCCCCACCAGUGACCUGUCCGACCCCACUCCUCUGACCCGUGUGGGCAGCCGCAGCUACGACCUGCAGGACCGCCGGCGCACAGGCAACAUGACGGGCGCUGAGCAGGCCAAGUACCAGCGCAUCCCCACAGACGAAAGCGAGGCGCAGACCCUGGCUUCUUUCGACCUGGACGGCAUAAAGAGUCAUCGGUUUGAGGAUGUCCCCGGGGUACGGAGACACCUGUUCAGGAAGAGCACCAAGGGCCAAGUGGUUCACGUCGGCAAGGACCACACAGAGACCAGUACACGUAGUCAAAAAAAGGACCGGACCCCACAUGAGGUGUUUGUGGAGCUUAACGAGCUGAUCAUGGACAAGAACCAGGAGAUGCAGUGGAGGGAGACCGCCCGUUGGAUCAAAUUUGAGGAGGACGUGGAGGAGGAGACUGACCGGUGGGGCAAACCCCACGUGGCCUCGCUGUCCUUCCGCAGCCUGCUGGAGCUCCGUAAGACCAUCUCCCACGGGGCGGUGUUGUUGGACCUGGACCAGAAGACCCUGCCUGGCAUCGCCCACCAGGUGGUGGAGCAGAUGAUCAUCUCAGACCAGAUCAAGGCGGAGGAUCGCGCCAACGUGCUCCGAGCCCUGCUGCUCAAACACAGUCACCCGAGCGACGAGAAGGAGCACCCCCUCAGUCCUUUCCCCAGGAACAUCUCUGCUGCCAGCCUGGGCAGCCUGCUGCCCCACCAGCACAGCUCCAACCACCUCCACAACCAGCCGGAGCCCUCCGUCACUGACCCCCUCAUGGGCUCGGGGGAGCAGGAGACGCGUAUCGACAUGGAUAAGUCCGACCUGCAGCCGAAGGAGUCAACUUCAGGUAUUGGCAUGCACAGAUCCAAGUCCAAGCAUGAGCUCAAGCUUUUGGAGAAGAUUCCGGAGAACGCUGAGGCCACUGUUGUCUUAGUCGGGAGCGUGGACUUCCUGGAGCAGCCCACCAUGGCCUUUGUGCGGCUGCAGGAGGCGCAAGAGCUGGACUCUGUCCUGGAGGUCCCCGUGCCCGUCAGGUUCAUCUUCGUCCUUCUGGGACCCCCCAGUACCAAUAUGGACUACCACCAGAUCGGACGUUCAAUCUCAACACUAAUGUCUGACAAGAACUUCCAUGAGUCUGCCUACUUGGCGGACGACCGCCAGGACCUGCUCAACGCCAUCAACAGCUUCCUGGACCUCAGCAUCGUCCUGCCCCCGUCCGAGAUGGGUGGCGAUGAGCUCCUGCGCUCCGUCGCUCGCUUCCAGAAGGAGAUGCUCCGCAAGAGGAAGGAGCAAGGAGCCGUACUGGUCAAAGAGCCAAAGACCCAGGAGGAGAAAGAAGCCCUUCUGUCACCCGGGAAGCCCGGAGAUGACCCGCUGCAGCGCACAGGACGUCCCUUCGGAGGCCUGAUCCGAGACGCGAAGCGCCGCUACCCAAAGUACCUGAGCGACUUCAAGGAUGCGCUGAACCCCCAGUGCGCGGCGGCCGUCAUCUUCAUCUACUUCGCUGCCCUCUCUCCCGCCAUUACCUUCGGAGGCCUCCUGGGUGAGAAGACCGGGGGUCUGAUCGGCGUGUCUGAGCUGAUUGUGGCCACGGCUGUGCAGGGCAUUAUCUUCUGCCUGCUGGGGGCCCAGCCGCUCCUGGUGGUGGGCUUCUCUGGACCCCUGCUGGUUUUCGAAGAAGCCUUUUUCUCUUUCUGUAAUUGGUACCAAAUUGAGUACUUGACCGGCCGGGUCUGGAUCGGGUUCUGGCUCAUCAUCAUCGUGGUGACAAUGGUGGCCCUGGAGGGUAGCUUCCUGGUCCGCUUUGUCUCCCGCUUCACCCAGGAGAUCUUUUCCUUCCUCAUCUCGCUCAUCUUCAUCUUCGAGACCUUCUCCAAGAUUGCCAAGAUUUUCAUGGAGCACCCGUUGCAGCGCUGUUACCUUGGAAACCGCACAGUGGAUAACUUCACGAUGACGAAUAUCUCCCUAGAACUCAGAAACAGCACUACGUUUGUGGGACCGGCAGUAGGGAUGCGGGAACCCAACACUGCACUCCUCUCUCUGGUGCUCAUGUCUGGAACCUUCUUCAUAGCGUUCUACCUGCGCAAGUUCAAGAACAGCGCCUUCUUCCCCGGCAAGUUCCGUAGGAUCAUCGGAGAUUUCGGGGUCCCCAUAGCCAUCCUCAUCAUGGUCCUGGUGGACUACAGUAUAAGGGACACUUACACACAGAAACUGAGCGUGCCCAGUGGUUUCUCUGUGACCAGCCCUUUGAAGCGCGGCUGGGUGAUAAACCCCCUGGGGAUGAACCAGCCAUUCCCGAUCUGGAUGAUGUUCGGCAGUGUGUUGCCCGCCCUGCUGGUCUUCAUUCUCAUCUUCAUGGAGACUCAGAUCACCACGCUAAUAGUAAGUAAGAAGGAACGGAUGCUGGUGAAGGGGUCUGGCUUCCACCUGGACCUGCUUCUCAUCGUGGUGUUGGGCGGUACCUCGGCCGUGUUCGGCCUGCCCUGGUUGGCCGCCGCCACCGUGCGCUCGGUGACACACGCCAACGCUCUCACCGUCAUGAGCAAGGCUGUCGCCCCCGGUGACAAGCCCCGCAUCCAAGAGGUCAAGGAGCAGCGGGUCACAGGGUUGCUGGUGGCCAUCUUAGUGGGCCUUUCUAUCGUGAUCGGAGACCUCCUACGUCAGAUUCCCAUUGCCGUACUUUUUGGGAUCUUCCUCUACAUGGGCGUGAUGUCGCUCAACGGCAUCCAGUUCACGGAGCGCCUGAUGCUGCUCCUGAUGCCUCCCAAAUACCACCCCGACCACACCUACGUCCGCAAGGUGAAAACGCUGCGGAUGCACCUGUACACGCUGAUCCAACUGGUGUGUCUGGCGGCCCUGUGGGCGGUCAUGUCCACCGUGGCCUCGCUGGCCUUCCCCUUCGUCCUCAUCCUCACAGUCCCGGUCAAGAUGUUCCUGCUCUCGCGUGUCUUCACCAGCCGAGAGAUGCAGUGUCUGGAUUCGGAUGACGCAGAGCCCACAUUUGACGAAAGAGAGUGCCAUGACGAAUACACUGAGAUGCACAUGCCCGUGUGACCGGGGCCAUCCCAUACCAACCUACCACUGUAUCCUUCCUCCUGUGGACUCACCAACCUGCCAAUCAAUCCUCCAGCCAAUGAGACGCCAGUCCGAGGGAUUCGCCAGCAAAUUUCCAUAAAUGUCAGACCCUUAUUGAACUCUGUUAGUCUUGGCUUCCAUUGCUUUUACCACACCUGACUGAAGUGGAAAGAUUUCACACACAGUCUUGUGAGACUCGGCUUGGACAGUUCGAUUUGAUGCUGUAAAUCGAUCCAACGUUCUCAUGACAACAUACACGCACACGUUCUUGUGAUGACAGACAGCAGGAAGGGGUCGUGGGUUAAGGGUUCGUGACCCGACAGCACUUUGUUUUACGCUAGGGAUGAAUCCUCACUGAAAUGUCCAACCAAUUCAGCAUAUUUAUUUCAUGCAUCAUCUUCCAUGUUUUUAUAUAUUGCAACAUAUCCGCCAUUUUAACAUUUUCAGGGGAGGAGAUUUAAACUUGUUAUUUCGAUUCUAUUUUUCAAAGGUUUAUUCCAAUGACACUAUAGAAAGUGGUAGUGGAACACAAUUAUUAAUGUUUUAACCCUGAAAUGUUGCUCUGAUUCACAUUGAAUGUGUGGAGGAUUAUAUAUGGGAUACAUUCCUUGAGUCAAUAUAUUUAAGAUAUUGGUCUUUUUACUCAAGUUUGUUUGCUUUUUAUGUUUUGCUCUUUUAGUUCACCAUAAGCGCCUUAUGGUUGGAACGAUAGCUGAAGCUCGUUCAUCAUGAUGAUGCCUUAUUAGUUUUGAACAGCUGUAGUUUUCACAGCCACUCUAAGCUCUCAGCACUUUUAAAAGACACCAGAUUUGGAGUAUUUCUACAAAUGUAAUUUCCUUUUUAAAAGAAAAUAGGAUAACUUUCUUGUUCUGUAUUUUACUUUGUGUCUUCGUAGUCUAUAAAGUACAUUAAGUGUGCAAAAAAAGUUUGAUGCCUUAGAUUUUUCUUUCCAGAAAAUGUAAUUACCUAUGAAAGGAAUGAGAUGUUUCCAAAGGGGACCAAUCAUCAGACUGAUAUCAAGCCAUUAAGGUACCAAUAGUCCAGGUUUUGGUAGUUAUUACAGUCCAGUACCUGACAAGUUAAGCAGUCGCAGCAGGCUUGUAGACUCGUGUAAAAUUGUGAUGAGAUGUUGGUACCUAUCGAUCUGUGUGGUUUACUUUUCUGGACAGAGGAAAUGUAUACAAAUGACAUGUUAUUUAAGUUCCUAUGCAGUUUUAACUCAAAUCAUUUCUAUGUAAUAUAAGGAACUUAAUAUGAUAUUGUUUUAUUAAACUUGUAAACAUGAAAGAUGAAUAGUUUCUUAGCAAAAAGUACUCAUUCAAAUAUUUUGCUAGGACUGUCUGGGAUCGACGUACAACCAGAAAAUGAACUGUUAUUGGCAGAGGUUUUAGACCAGGGCUGCCCAACCCUGUUCCUUGAGAACUACCAUCCAGUAGGUUUUUGCUCCAACCCCAGUUUUUCACACCUGAUUCUAACAAUGAGCUGGAUGAAAAGCUAAAUCAUGUUAGUCACAACGGGUUGAUCUCCAGGAACAGGGUUGAGUAGCCCUCUUUUAAACAAGUGUUAGUGGUCUGUUAACUCAUACAGCCUGUUGAGGUUGCCAGGGAGGCCACAACUCCGCCCAUGUAGAACAAGCAAGUCUUUUCCAAAUGCUUUUACACUAAAAGGGCCUAAUGUUUUUUUUAAUAACAAGAAUUCCAAAUUUAUUGUGGAAAAAUGUAUUAUUUUUGACUGUACUUCCCCUUUAUCGAUUGGCUUUCAUUGGGCUGUCAUCAUUCUCAAGAAGUGUGUAUUCUGCCACCUGGUUGGCUUAAGCUUGCCAGCAAAAAGAUCGUAAACGUCAUUGAAAUACAUAAUUGUAUUACCAGGUAUUUUCAAAGUAUUGUGAAGACACUAAAGUUACUGAAAUGGGAUGAUAUGUAAUUAAGUGCUACCAAUCUCAACACAUUUCUGAAAUGUAUAUAUACAUUAAAUACAGAUGCAUUCUCCAUUCAAA